GGCGGAGCAUCCCUGGGAACACCAGCCCCCAGCGCCUGGGGCUGUAUUUAGAGGGCACCCGGCAAACCCGGCGGCAGGGAGUCUGGGCGCUGGAUCCCUCCGGCCUGGGCACAGAACAGGGAGGCUCAGACACUGAAAGCCGCUCCCUGGGGAGGGCGCCCUGGGACCAGCCAUGCUGACAAGGUGCAGCGUCUUUAUUCUCCUCCUCUUUCUCCCUGGAGUCUCCCCCUACUGCUACACCGCCACGGCUGAGAAGUGCAGAGAGACGACGCCCUCGAUGCCUUGGCACAGCCUGGUGGGGAAGGGCUUCGACAUCACCACACUGGGCUGGACGGAGGCCUCCCUGCUGGACACCAGCCUGUGGCACGGCCCUGAUGGCACCUGCACCCUGUGCCAGAGCCCGCGGCAGGACAGGAAGGUGCCGCUGGUCGUCUUGGACUGGAAGGAAACCGUUUCCUGCCAACAGGAGGUGAGAAGCUCGGUGGAGCAGUCGGCUGUAGCCGUGGCCCAGGCAGUGGCAUCGGCUGUGACCAGCGACUGGAAGAAGGAGCUGGGUCUGUCGGGGGAGUCAAAAGACCUGGCCCUGGGGGGGGCGCGAUCCCCGCUCGCCAGCUUCGCCUACGAGAAGGAGCAGCAGGACAAGUACAUGUUUGUGCUCAAUGAGGUGUCCUGUGUGUUUUACAGGUGAGAAUCCCCCGGUAG